AUGGGAAUCGAGCUCGAUACCCUACGUAUGGAGGCGCGCUUACCUUCCGAUAAAUUAGAACGUCUUAAAGCAUCCUUGCGGGAUUUCAAGCGAAAGCGUUCCGCUCGCCUCAUAGAGCUUCAAUCCUUAAUCGGCACUUUGCAAUUCGCCUGCCGCGUUGUUGUUCCGGGUAGAACUUUCCUUCAGCGCAUCAUAGAUCUCACGCGUCGGGUAAAUCACCGAUUUCAUCACGUCAAAUUGAGCCACGGUUUCUUUCAAGAUUUAGCAAUUUGGCAGCAGUUUACGGAGAACGGCAAAGCUUUCUUCCUCGAAGAAGCAAUCCGAACCAGCCCGGAUAUGGAACUCUAUUCCGACGCUAGCGGUAGUAUCGGUUUCGGCGGUUACUUCUCUGGGCGCUGGUUCCAAGGCCGAUGGCCGCCUCACCUCGCCAUAUCCAAAAAGACAGGCAUUAGUAUCGAAUGGCAAGAAUUAUUUCCUAUAGUAGUAGCCUGCUCCCUAUGGUGCUCCGAGUUCUCGGGCAAGCGAAUUCAGUUCUGGUGUGACAAUCAAUCAGUCGUUCACAUUGUCAACACAGAUGGCACGAUUCAGAGAGCUCGCACCGGCCGCGGACCAGACCCCUUGUGUCAUCCCGCCUUCGCUAAUGACCCUCUAACGCGCGAGGUGAAACACUACGCUGAUAAGGCCCUUGCUAUCAACACCAAACGCACUUAUCACGCAGGCGAGAAACAGUUCAUUGACUUCUGCCUCAUGAAUAGGCUUUUUGACAGCCACGGAGACAUUCUCCCAGCUAGUGAGAGUACUCUUAUCUAUUUUGUUACCUUUCUCGCGCGUAGAGUAAAGCACGGUACUAUUCGCACAUACUUGGCGGCCGUUCGCAACAUGCACAUCGAAAACGGAUUUCAGGACCCUAUACAGGGUCGCCUAAUUUUAAACAAGGUUUUGCGGGGCAUUUUACGGGUGCAGGGUCAGCACAAAACAGCUCGUCAACCCGUAACUCCACAGCUCUUAAAAGCCAUUCGUCCGGUUUUGCUUAGCUGGCUAAGCGCACAUAAUUUCCAUAUGAUUUGGGCGGCAUUCACACUUGCCUUUUUUGGUUUUUACGUUGUAGUGAGUUUACUUGCCCAGGCGUACGCAACUUUGACAUAGUUUAUAACUUAUCUCCAGUCGACAUAAAUUUCCACCCUAACCCUUCAGCACCGCUUUACAUGAAAGUCGUCAUUAAGGCAUCCAAAACCGACCCUUUCAGGCAAGGCACCGUUUUGACAAUCGCACGCUCCGGUUGCGACCUAUGCGCCGUGUCCGCGAUGCAAGAGUUCGUUCGCAUCUGUGGGUACACAACAGGACCACUUUUUCGGUUUCGUUCCGGUAAAUACCUAACUCGGUCAUUGGUCUCUAGCAUUCUUAGAGACGCAGCACGCGCUUGCGGCCUUCCUCAUAGCAGUUUAAAGGGGCACUCAUUUAGAAUUGGGGCGGCAAGCUGCGCUGCCGCUGCAGGCCUGCCCGACUGGCUUAUCAAAGUGCUUGGUCGUUGGUCCUCUGAUUGCUACCAGCUUUACGUACGUACACCACAAAACAUUUUAUUAACUGCUGCACCAAAAAUGGCGAUAGUCCAGCCUGUCACGCUGACUUAAGCAUUGUUGUUAUUGCGCUUGGGGGGAUGCAUUCUGCAUCUUGUGGCGGUUAGUUCUGUCUGACGACUUCCCCAAGCGGGGUUUGUUUGCUAUAAGGUGUGCUUGUGCGUUUGUGGACCAGCCAAUACUCUCGUCCGAUCCUUCACGCGGAGUGUAGGGGAGAUGAGUGAGGCCUAAAGGUCAUAUGCUUACACUACAGUUGCUACGUCACGCGCUAGUCGUCACGUCACGCUAACUCGCUUUCGAUCGGUCUGUCUCCCCCCCAUAUUCUGCCAUAGUCGUGCCUAGUGUAUUCAUUGCGUUGCAAAGCGGGCAUUUCCUUUUCACGCGUAAAGCGACAUUAAUCCAAAAUUACCGUCACCACUAGGGACGGUAAUUUCAGUUAAUGGAGCCGGAGCCAGGCUCAAAGGUCACUCGUAAAUUAUAUCGUACGAGUACACGUAUCAUGCUACGAUAGCACAGGUAUUACUCAAUAUGUUUCACGUGAGAUACCUUACUAUACACGUUCUUAAUUCUUAUUGGUCGCUAUCUACCUAUAUAAAGCGCCACACCUAAAGUAAAGUCAUUCGCUCUUUCGCUUCAUAAGCUACGGGUACUGUAAAGAAACAUUUGCCCACCCUCCCCCCCUUUUACUGACAGGUUUCUUUGUGUGUACAGGCAGUGUUAGCUUGGCGAUCAACUGUAAACAAGUAUUAACUUAAUCAUUGCUUUAUUAUUGAAAUAAACCGGGGAGUAUCUCCGAGAGUCUGCGGUUAGUUCUGUCUGACGACUUCCCCAAGCGGGGUUUGUUUGCUAUAAGGUGUGCUUGUGCGUUUGUGGACCAGCCAAUACUCUCGUCCGAUCCUUCACGCGGAGUGUAGGGGAGAUGAGUGAGGCCUAAAGGUCAUAUGCUUACACUACAGUUGCUACGUCACGCGCUAGUCGUCACGUCACGCUAACUCGCUUUCGAUCGGUCUGUCUCCCCCCCAUAUUCUGCCAUA